AUGGGCAUCGCCAGCAGCCACCUCCGGCGCGAUGUCGCCGCGAGUGCUUAUCAACCCUUGAGUGUGGUGAAUAAUCUCCCGCAAAGCUCAACAAAUGGAAAGUCGGUGCUUGGGACUCUCGAUGUACCGACCCUCCCCGCCUUCCAAACCGAUAACCCCCUGCCGAACGGAUUCCCCUGGAGCCUGAUGAAUCUCGAUACCAAUUACUACAAAGAUCACCCCCGAACCGGAGUCAUCAGGCGGUACGACUUUACGGUCAGUCGCAAGACCAUCGCCCCGGAUGGAUACCAGAUGGAUGGCUUGCUCGUCAACGGAGCGUUUCCCGGCCCCCUGAUCGAGGCCAAUUGGGGAGACACGAUACAGGUCACGGUGCACAACAACAUUUCCGAGCCGGAAGAGGGCGUCGCGUUACAUUGGCAUGGUUUCCUCCACACGGGCAAGCCGUGGGAGGAUGGUGUGCCUGCGGUGACCCAGUGUCCCAUCCCUCCUGGAAAGUCCUUCACCUACUCGUUCGAGGCCGAGCUAUACGGAACAGCAUGGUAUCACUCGCAUUACUCCGCGCAAAACGCCGGUGGUGUCUUUGGCCCCAUCGUGGUCCAUGGGCCAACGGAGAAAAAGUACGACAUCGACGUCGGUCCAGUCAUGCUGACGGACUGGUAUCACAAGAACUACAACGACCUUGUGGAAGAAGUCAUGGAUCCCAAGGGAAAGGGCAUAGUAUUCUCUGAAAACAACCUGAUCAACGGCAAGAACAACUUCGACUGCUCCAAAGUCGCGACCGACGAUAAGACUCCCUGUGUCAGUAACGCAGGGCUCUCAAAGUUUCGCUUUAAGCGCGGCAAGACACACCGUCUACGACUGAUCAACGCCGGACCGGAGGCCUUGCAGCGCUUCUCCAUCGACGGGCACAACAUGACCGUCAUCGCCAACGACUUUGUCACCAUCAAGCCGUACGUCACGAGCGUGGUGACGCUUGGCGUCGGACAGCGCGCCGACGUGCUCGUCAAGGCCGACGGGCCCUCGGACGGCGCCUACUGGAUGCGCGCCAACAUAUCGGCCAAGUGCAGCUUGGCGAACCAACCGAACGCGCUGGCGGCAGUGUACUACGACAAGGCAGACGUGAACACGGCUCCGAAGUCGACGCCAUGGGAUGUGCCAGACCCGGGCACGUGUACCAACGACGACCUGUCGCUGACGCGCCCGACCAUGAAGCUCCGGGUGCCGGAGCCGGACCUGACGUAUGUCAUGGAGGCCAAGUUCUUUCGCAACGAGACGGGACACCCGCUAUGGUCGUUUGACGGCGUCGACUUCCGGGGUAAUUACAACAGCCCAACGCUGCUGAUGAGCCACCUUGGAAACUUUACUUUUGAGAAGCAGUGGAACGUGCGGAACACCAAGAAUGCAAGGAGCGUGCGGGUGCACGUCAAGAACCUGUCCGGAGCAGCGCACCCGAUGCACUUACACGGUUUCAACAUGUACAUUCUGCACGAGGGCGAUGGCCCCGACUGGGACGGCACAAUAAUCCAUCCAGAGAACCCACAGCGGCGAGACGUUGUCCAGCUGCGACCGAACGGGCACCUCGUGAUACAGUUUGAUGCCGGCCAAAAUCCCGGUGUCUGGCCCUUUCACUGCCACAUUGCGUGGCACGUCUCGGGCGGCUUCUUCACGCAGUUUGUGACGGGCGCGGAUAAAGUCCGCAAGAUGCGCCCGCCGAGCGUCGUGGCGGAGACGUGCCGCCAGUGGGCGACGUGGACAAACACUAAUAUCCCGAAUCAAAUUGAUAGUGGGCUAUAA